AUGUUGCAGCACUCGGACAUUCGCACUUUCGUCCGAUAUUAUAAAGUGGAUGUCGAUGUUGACGUUCAGGGCAUUGUACGGAAGACCAGGUCUCAAAUCCCACUAGUACGAUUUGCUUGUUUGUUGAGUGCGUCGAUUGACCCAGAUAGGCCCUUUAAACUCUCAACUGAGGAAUCUAGAUCUCUUAACGAUCUUCUAAUUGUUCGUGAAGAGCAGGGCAAAGUUGACGAACGAAAGCGCAAGUGGAAAGAUCGCCAAGCCAAAAGCGAAUACGCUGAACAGGCAUAUCAAACCACCUUCGGCCAUCUUAAAGAAGGAACAAUUUCCGAGCACCAACACAAGUCUCAGAAGAAGGCUCUUCAUGAACUACACAACCAGAAGCAGCGACAACAGAACAAACGAAUUCGUGUGAAUUUGGAGCGAUACAAGAACGAACAAUUUAUUAUUGACCUGGAGCGACAGCUGGCAGGAAAGUUGGUGGAUAGAAAAGUAAUGGGGGCAUUAGAAUACAUCAGUUCAAUGCCCUCGGAGUUUGUAAUAGUGAUUGACACUAUGCUCACUGUGCCGGGUGCAACUAUGGAGGUAGAGUAUCAACGUCGGAUUAAUGCGAUAAAAGUAGUGACCGCUUUCUGUGGUGUUGAAGAAGGACGUCUUACGUCUCAGCUAACUUAA